ACACUGUUGCAUUUGCAGCCCACACAGCCCAAAGAGGAAAAGCAAAAAUAAAAAAGGCAGAAAUGCCAACAAAAUAGUGGCAUUAACUGCAUUUCGGUACAUACGAAAUUAAUUUUCGUGUGUGUGUUAUCCCUUUCAAAACAGUUGUCAGGCUCCAAGCAGCAAAACCAGCAGCAGAAGCGCUGCAACAACAGCACACACAAAUCCACACAAAACAGAAAAACGAAAUGAACGAGGAAACCGUAGGGGAACCGAGCGAGAAAUCUGCCUCGCAAAAAACUGCAUCACCGUCAACAUCGAUGACGUUGGCCUCGGCAGCCUUGGAGCCAAACGACACUGUGACUGCUGCUGGACAGCAGCAGCAGGAACAACGUCCCACUACAAGUGCUGGGCCGCCCACAACAUCGGCCGCCCAUCAGCAGCAGCAGCAGCAGGCGUCGUCCACUCCUGACGGCGGGCCGCAGACCCCAAAACAAAAACCACAGCAACAGCAGCAGUUGCCGCCGAUGCCGCAGUUGAAUGCAAAUGAUAUGCGCGAGCUGCGCGAGAUAAAGCAGUUGUUGUGGGGCGAUAAUGUGCGCGAAGAUGUAUUCAAGCGUUGGUCUCAAGGAUUUGAGUUUAGUGAUUAUGAGCCGUCGGCAUUGGUGCAAAAACAGGGCGGCCCUUGUGCUGUGAUAGCGCCCGUUCAGGCGUAUUUGCUUAAGAUAAUUACCAUGGACACCCACGAGUUUCGAUUGUCGGAGAUAACUCCAGCAGAGUGCAAGCGUCUACUCAUACAGGCCCUGUGCAAUAUUUUACGGAAUUGCCGUGCCCCACGCUAUCGUCUUGUCCAGCUGCAUCGCCAUCGCAUCAGCAGCGACAACCAGGCAACCAAAGAGAGAGCCACCACGUCGGGAAAAGCAGCAGCAGCUGCAGCUGCAGCUGGUGGGGGAGGAGCUGGAGCUGGACCCAAUGCGAAUGAAGUGGAUGAGGAGGCCGAAGAGGCAACACCCGAAACGGUGGAGCAUCUUACAGGGAAAGACAAUAAAGCUGGACAGGCCUCGUCCCACCCUCUUUCGGAUCGUGAUCUGACUCCCGAGGAGUUCCAUGCGCGUCUCUAUACGCUACAUUUUCUCGAUGGUCCGACAGUGGUGCGAUACUUUGGUGAUCAUUACAACCAACUGACGGACACCUAUGGCGUGAUGCUCUUCAUGUAUUCGGUGUUCCUUACCAAGGGCAUUGAGCUGGUGGCCGCCGAUAUAUCCGACACCUCGGAGCCGAUCAUACACAGAACCUUUGGCUAUGGCGGCCAGUCCAUGAUAAAUCUAAUGCUCACGGGUCGUGCCGUGGGCUAUGUAUGGGACCACGAACAGGAUGUUGGCGGCUUAAAGUUGAGGGGAAUUUGCGAACAGAGCGAUAUUGGAUACAUAACGACAAUGGAACAGAUGCGCUACUGCACAGUCGGUUCGUUCUACAAGAAUCCCAGAUAUCCCGUCUGGGUGAUGGGUUCAGACACGCAUUUAACUGUGCUUUUUAGCCACGAGAAGAAGCUCGUCUCACCGGAGACACCCUCAGAGCAUGGUCGUCGCGUGUUCAAGUCCUAUGAUCCGGAGGGUAAUAACUUUAUAGCCUCAUCCCUUCUACGUGAAGUAUUGGCCCAAUUGAACCUUGUCAGCGAACAAGGAUAUGUUAAUCUCAUGAUGAAACGCUUGGAUCCAGAGAAUUUGGGCAUCAUAUUGCUGAAUGCUUUCAUGGAGGAAUUCUUUCCAUGCGAGCGACAUUCCGCACCCGAUACCUUUGAGCUAAUGCACUACAAUGGCAUACCAGGCUCCAAUGACAACAACAAGGUGCGCUACUAUUGUGGCUCGGCCAUUCUACUAGAAGGGGAUCUGAAGUCGAUUUGUGCUUCAAAUCCGAUGGUGACAUGCCUCCAGACCAAGUGGCCGAACAUCGAGAUCAAUUGGCAUGAUCCCUGGCAUACACCAUCACUGAAUUGACAUCGCCAGCUGCCAGCAGCAGUCGCAGCAGCAGCAGAAGCAGCAGCAGCCGGUGGAGUAGCAGCAGAAGACGCCACAGCAGUUGCAAAGCAGCAGCGAAAGAAAGAAAAGAAGCGAAAGCAUAAGCAGAAGCAGAUGAAGCAGUAGAGGACAGCAAACACACAAAACUAAAGCAGACAGACAAAUAUAAACACAUUUGCCUGAAUCGGGAAGAGACAGGACAGGCGACAGACAAAUGCACACAAAAAAAUUUUGAAUUUCAAAAUGCUUUUCAAACAAUUUGUGGUUUAUGUAUUUAUUGAAAAGUAAGAAGAAGAAAACAAUAAAAAAAAAACAAAGGAGAAAAACAGUUAAAAAAUGCACUCUGGAAGAGAGCAUUUUGGAGGAGAACAAUAAAA